AUGUUUGCUUCUAAAAAAGCUUUACUUUUCAUCGCAAAUGGUAGUGAAGAAACUGAAGUUGUUGUUCCAAUUGAUGUUCUCCGUCGUGCUGGUAUAAAAGUGACCGUAGCUUCAAUUGAAGGAAGUCGUGAUGCAUUAAAAUGUGCUCAAGAUACUGUUAUUGUACCAGAUAUAUCUAUUAGUGAAGUAUCAACUGAUGAUAUAUAUGAUGUUGUAAUUGUUCCCGGUGGUGAAAAAGGUGCAGCUGCAAUGGCCAAAAAUCCUGCUGUUGGAAAUCUUCUUCAACAACAUUAUUCAAAAGGAAAAUUAGUUGCUGCUAUAUGCGCUGGUCCACUCGUAUUUCAAGCACAUAAAAUUGGUAUUAAAAAUGCCACUGUUACAGCUUAUCCUGAAUGUCAAAAGGAAUUGAAAACAGAUUAUAAUAUUGUUGAUCAACCAGUUCAUCAUUGUGAAUUAAAAACAAAUGAUGGCGAACAUCAUAUGUUAACAAGUCAAGGACCAGGAACAGCAUUUGCAUUUGCAUUAAAAAUUGUUGAAAUUCUUGAUGGAUCAUCGAAAGUUAAAAAAAUUCGUGAAGAUAUGCUUCUUUAA